CUGUCCGAUCUGUCCACCGAAUAUAAGCUGAAAUCUUUUCAAAAAUCUUCUGUUUGGAAUCGUAUUUGACACGCCGUCCACUGACAUCACUUUGGACUCUUCGUUUUUUCAAAAAGUAAAAACAGUACUCGCCCCUGGCGGAAGUCUCCUUUGCUGCUCAAAUCUUCCCCAAGAAAUAUCGGUUUCACUCAAAACCCUAGUUUUCCCCAUCUAUUGCACAUCUCUGUAACAAUGGAGUUCAGAUUCGGAGGAUUCGAUCAACUCUAUCGUACGCCUAACUUCUCCUAUCGGUCUCCGGAAGAGGGAUUAUUGACCGGAAGAAGUUUUGGCGGCGGUGGCGGAAGGUCGGAGAGUUUCCGUGAUAUCGAGAAGAAGAUAAUCAGAGAGGAGAUAUUGGCGGAGGAAGCGGAGCGGAGGCGAGUUUUGACAGCUGAAGUUAGGAGGGAACUCAUGAUGGAACGGCAGAUGAUGGCAAUGCAGAGCUCCCUGGGAUAUUCGUCGUCGCUCAUGCUAGAGCCGCCGCAUAGCCACCACAACUGGGUUCAUCCCGCUGCCCUGCAUGGUGAAUCUCGGGCUUUGGAGGUGGUUUCCUCCCAGCGGGCUCCACAGUCGCCUGAGGUCACAGAUAUCACCACCUCUCCACCAAAAGUUAGCGAAAAACCAACUAUUGAUUUGGGAAAACACUUUGGUCCUCCCCUUUCAGGAGCCAAACGGAAACCGCCAUCAGCUGCCGGAGGUUCAACUGAGCUUUGUUACAGUUCGAGAAAGAUAGGAAGCGAGUUGAACUGUGCUCUUUGUGAGGUCACCGCGACGAGUGAGCGGGGAUUUCAGGAACAUCUGGCCGGAAAGAAACACAAGGCCAAGGCGGCAGGCCUGAGAACCUGCCACACCGGAAAGACCAAGAACUGCGUAAUGGAGAGCUCACUUAGAUUAUGUAAAUUAGGAGCCUCCGAUAAGAAAGUUGUGACGAAAAGGAAAAAACAUAUGAAAAACCGUAAACGUCGCCGAAAAUCUACAGGCAAAACUUGCUAGCUUCGCAUCUGUUUAAAAGAAAUUUGUAAUUUUGGAACUUUUUUCUAAGAAAAU